AUGGCGCUUCCUGACUGGAUGGUAACGCUGGUAGCUGCUGCAUCUUUCUUGUGUGUCUUAUGUUUAUGUGUCCGCUACAGACGUAAAGGACAAGUGCUGUGGAGAAAAUUGUUAGGCAAAAUAAUGGCCCGCACGGAGAAGCCGUUGUUCCGAAUCGCGUACACACUCUACACCAGGACCAGACUUGGCUACAUGUACUACAAGAGACAAAUGAGGAAAGCCCGAGAACAUUACCCUGCAGGACACUCGACAGCUCAGCCCAUGGAGUUCAAUGGUAUCAAAAUAAUUCCCAUCCCAGUACUGUCAGACAACUACAGCUAUCUUGUGAUCGACACAGCCUCCAGUGUUGCAGUUGUUGUCGACCCUGCAGACCCUCAGUCAGUUCAGGCAGUUCUUGAGGAAGAGGGAGUGACUUUAGAGGCAAUUCUCUGUACACACAAGCAUUGGGAUCACAGUGGGGGAAACAAAGGGUUGAAAAGGCUUCACAGCUCAUGCAGAGUUUAUGGAAACGGAGCUGAUAACAUUCCUGGCCUCACGCACCCUCUCUCACAUAAGGACUCAAUAACAGUUGGCCGCAUGCACUUUAAAGCCCUCUUCACACCUGGACACACAGUGGGCCACAUGAUCUACCUCCUGGACGGCCGGGCAGUUGACGCCCCCUGCAGCCUCUUUUCUGGUGACCUGGUGUUCCUCUCAGGAUGUGGGAGGAUGUUUGAAGGCAGUGCCACAACUAUGCUGUCAUCUUUGGACACAGUCUCCUCCUUGAGUGAUGAUACUCUAUUAUGGCCUGGUCAUGAGUAUGCAGAGGAUAACCUACUGUUUGCUGCUGAGGUUGAGCCUCGCAACGCUGCCAGGGAAAACAAAUAUCAGUGGGUGCUGCUGCAGCGAGGCCAGAAGCUGUGCACGAGUCCCUCCACCAUCGGAGAAGAGAGGCAGUACAAUCCUUUCCUGCGCAGCCACUCUGCUGAGCUCCAUCUGGCCCUGGGCCUCCAGCAGUUCCAGGAUGAAGACUGGACCCAGUUCAGGGCUCGGGUGCUGGAGGAGCUGCGAAAACGCAAAGACCUCUACAACAGGAGAUAGUACUGGAAACACAAAGAGCAGCUGAACGCCGGUGAACAGUAGAGCGAGCUCACCCGCACUGGACAGUGGUAUGUUGUAAAGGAACGAUGAGCAGAGCUCUAAAGGUACUGAAAAAAAACGCCUGUUCAUAGAAACCGGUUAAGGGGCAUUAAGUAAUUUUUGACCUUUAUAAACCUGAGUCAGAGACCACUAACAACAGAAUCACAACUUCAUCAUUACAUGACACUAAUCAAUAAGCCAAUUACCUCUCCACGUACUGUACAUUAUGCUAAUGUUGUGUUUAUAGACAAAACAGUUCUCAUUUAUUGCCUCUUUAACUUAGAGACAGAAACAGUUGUGUGGAUUUGCAUGAGUAGCUCUCUGUUAUUUUACAAGUAGGUACGAGCAGAUUUCUGAUUUUGGUGUGUGAAACAGGUCUGCAUACUACAUGGGUUAAUUUAGCGUGCUAGAUACUGUAUUUUUCUUACUGCACAGCCUGGUUUAUUUGAACUAGUACAUUGUUUUAAACAUGAAAACAUUCUGUACUUUUGUCGAGGCUGUAAUUUUUGGACUUGACUUUGACUUUUUUAUGAUUUGAGCAAUAACGGUACCGUUAUUUUAACAAGUGGCAGACAGUCUUUGCUGUCGGUGUUAGCACAACGUACAGAAAACAGUCUGUACUUGCCCUUCAUGUGAAUCUCUGUUUGCGGGAUCUAAGAGCCAAUUUUAGUUUUGACUCACAAGAAUUGUUCCAUGUGAUUUGGUGACUGACCCUGUUUUGCUUAUGUUUUUUUCUCCAUCAAAUUUUCUAUUUUAUAAUUUUACUUUAUUAUUUUUAGAUCCACUGGGGCCCACAGGCAUUAGAGGUUUUCUACUUCAGCCCUUUUUUUGUACGUCUCAGCAAACUAUUUUUUGCUGUACUAAUUGUUUAACAUUUACAACUGUUUUUCAAGUGUUCAUGGUUGUUCCGUGUGAACGUGAAGAGCAACAUAAGUGAAGGAUUUGACUGAAAUAUAACUGAAUCGCUGUCGAGGGGAUGAUUUCUUGUGUUAGCCUGUAGAAUAGAGAGAAUGAAACACACAGGGUGAUGAUGAAUCAUGCUACCUGUCGGCACACACUUUGUUUUGCAAUCACUUUUUGACUUUUGUUUAACGUGUAAUAUUUCAGGGUAAGAUGGUGAUGAAAAGAUCUUUCAUUUUCUUUCUAACAGGAGAAUACAAUGUGACAAUGACUGUGGUACUCACUUUAAAAUUUCGGAAGGAAUGUUUUUCUAGCCAAUUUGAAAGCUUUUGAAAACAAAAUUGUACAUAUAUU